AUGAGCGAGUCAAAAUAUUUUCCAACACAUAGAUUAACUAGGUCUUCAUGUGUGACAAAUCGGUCGAAGGAUGCAGUCACUCAAAAUACUGGCAUUGAUACCAGGAUUGCCAGGUCAACUUCACAGCAUGCACAAUCAUUAAGUGGCAAGUUAAGGAGAAAACGCGAACACACUGAAAUAAAAAUUGAAAAUGGUGAAAGUGUCAAUGAUAAUGCUUCAAACACCAUUAACAUCAAGACUGAAUUAAAGACUGAGGUGAAGUUUGAACCUGGAGUGAAUCAAAUUACAGAGGAAGCGGUUCAGGGAAAUGUUUGGCAACCACCUUUGUGGAAACAGCAGCUUGAUAAUAUUUAUGAAAUAAGAAAAGCUUGGGAUGCACCGGUUGAUACCAUGGGUUGCGAUGUUAUAAGUGAUGAAAAUGCAAAACCAGAGGUGUACAGAUAUCAAGUAUUACUUUCUUUGAUGUUGUCAAGUCAAACUAAGGACCAGAUCACAUCAGCAGCAAUGAGUAAAUUAAGAGCACAUGGUUGUACCAUUGACAAUAUUCUCUCUACAUCAGAUAAAAUAUUAGGAGAGCUUAUCUACCCUGUUGGAUUUUGGAAGAGAAAAGUGGAAUACAUCAAGAAAACCAGUGAUAUACUUAGAACACAAUAUAAAGGUGAUAUUCCUUCUACUGUACAAGAUCUCUGUAAACUUCCUGGAGUAGGUCCCAAGAUGGCUUAUUUGGUCAUGAAAUGUGCUUGGAAUCAAAUUGAAGGUAUAGGAGUUGAUACACAUGUACAUAGAAUCUCAAACCGUCUUGGUUGGGUGAAGAAAACAACAAAACUGCCAGAGGAUACAAGAAAAGCUCUAGAAGACUGGUUACCCAGGGAAUAUUGGACAGAUAUUAAUCAUCUAUUGGUUGGAUUUGGUCAGCAGACUUGCCUACCUGUCAACCCCAAGUGUUCUGAAUGCCUAAACAAAGACAUCUGUCCAUAUGGCAGAUCACAGCUCAGAUACUGUAAGCCAAAGAAAAUUAAGAAGGAACCAGUCAGUGAUGAAGAUCAAUAAACUUUUAGCUCAUCUAAGUAUAAUAUUGUCACCUUAGUGCAGUAGCCGGUUUACUCCUAUUGGAAUGCAGUAGGAGUUAGUCUGUUAUUGCACUUAGGUGACAAUAUGCUCAGGUUCGAUAUUGUGUUCAGCAAUUGUGUUGGUCAUCAAUAGUAUCAAUGUUUUGUCAAAUUGUUUAGAUUUUCCAGGAAUGAGCAGAGCCUUCUAUGGAUAAUGAUGGUACAAUGCUAAACAUAAAUUGUUAGUCUGCUGAACGAGAUGAAGGAAACGAGAAAAAAUCUCGUAAACAAGUAUCUGUGCCAAAGAAUAACUUGACAGGAACAUUUAAGCUGGAUGUUCUCUAUAAAACAUCCCUUUUACAGCUUAGCUCCUUAACUCUUAUCAUGGUCUUCAACAAAAGUAGCUUGUUUCUGUACAUAACAUUUCAUUGUUUUUAUUACAUAUACAAUUCAUAUAUGUUUUUAUAAUUUGUUAAUGGCUUUUCUUUGUCAGAACUUUAUAUUGUUUUAACAUUGUUGUUGCUCUUUGUUUUACUGUUUGGAAAGGAAAAGAAUGUCUUAAUUAAAAGUAGCUUGAUGCUAUUAGAACAUAAUUAUAGAGAAUAUAUAUUCAAUUUGUUACCAUUUUAAAUUAAACAUCAGUUGAUGGAAAGAGGUCCCGACAAUAAAUUAACAAGCUUCUAUGCGAAGUUGAUGAACUUUUCAUAAGUGAAUAGGAUGGGCAGCAAUGGUUUUGUUAAAAGUCAGUGAUAACAAAUCAUAAGAACAACAUGUUUAUUUUCAGCAUCUUUAUUGUAUGAAUACAAAAUAAAACAUUAUAUAACAAAAAUAUAAUUUUCUGUUGUGAAUAUUAAAUAUCAUUAUUAUUAUGAAUUGUCUAAAUAUUUGGAAAGUGGUGGCACGGCAACAUAGAGCAAAAUAGUAAAUAAAAUUAUUCUAGUACAUGUAGUAUACAUAUUUAAAUUCAAAGUAAUCUAAAGUUUGCCUUAAAAUGAUCAAAAUACCUGAAACAGACGAUUGUCUGGAUAAAAAAAGUCAUGGAUAAAUAAAAAUUAGAAAUCAGCCCAAAUGAUUAUCAUUUUAGUAUCUGAGCAACAAGAAUAUCUAGCUGAUAACAAAAUAAUGAUUGUCUUUACAAAAAGAUAUAUAUACAGGAUAUAUAAUGUUAUGAAAUAAUUUAACAUUCCUGUCGGAUCACUGAAUACACUGAAUAUUUUUUGUACUUUUUGAUGUUCCUAUGGAAACAUACUUUUCAUAAGGAUAUACAGUAAGUGCUGUUGUAGGAUAAAGAAAUUUAGAACAUGUAAUAUGAAUAUAAUGGCUAUUAGUAUUAAUAUAUAAUGCAUUCCACAUAAACAAUAUGUAAAAUAAAAACAUACUAAAAUUUGGAUUUCAAAAGUAAAUUUCUGUGAAAAAAUAUAUUCUAUAUUUACGAAAUGUUAAAUAUAUUGUGAAAAACAACUAUUAAAUAAAAACCAGAGAACAAAUGGGACUUUUUAAGUAAAAUAAAACAAAAUACAAUUACAUU